AUGGCAGAGUUCCUGGCUGCAGGAGCAUGUGACAGACCACGAAUCAGAGAGCACUGGGACGGGACUAUAACCUUCAAAGACCAGCCUCUAGUGACUACACAUGCUAGCCAGUUCCCAUCUUCUAAAGGCACCACAGCUCCCCAGCUAGCACCAGCAUUUGGAGAGCUCCAGACGGGUAUGCAUGGUGCCUUUGGGAAGCCCCAGGGCACAGUGGCCAGGAUUCACAUUGGCCAGGUCAUCAUCAUGUCCAUCCGCACCAAGCUGCAGAAUAAGGAAAUUGUGAUUGAGGCUCUUCGUAGAGCAAAAUUCAAGUUCCCUGGCCUCCAGAAGAUCCACAUCUCAAAGAAAUGGGGCUUCACCAAGUUUAAUGCAGAUGAAUUUGAAGACAUGGUUGCUGAGAAACGGCUGGUUCCUGAUGGCUGUGGGGUUAAAUAUAUCCCUAAUCGAGGUCCCCUGGACAAGUGGCGAGCCCUGCACUCCUGAAAGCUUCCACAGUGCUCUCCUGUACCCUACCAAAUCAUUUUCAGUAAUAAAUCUCACAUCCAGUCUGCUUACAAA